AUGUCUUGGAAUCACCCGCAGGUCAGUCGCGAUGGCUUCACCUCCUCAUAUGGCCGGUUCUUGACCGAGCGUGAUCGCGCCGAGCGUGUGGACAGCGCAACUCUACGGUCCAUGUUCCUCCCUAAACUUACUCGACUCGGUCAAAAAGCCCUCGAUGACCAAAGGAACUUCGUUCGCAAUCAGCUCCAGCACUAUGGUGUUAAAUUUGAAGAAAGGCUGUUUUUCGGUCGGGGAACCCCGCUGAUGAAGCAAGUUCUUCAGGAUGGCCGUUGUGACACAGUACCCCCGCAUAUUUUGAAGCUCGAGGAGGAGUUACAUCUCGAGCGGUUGAACACCCAAACAUUGGAGUCAUUGGACAGACAGCCUGACUGA